AUGGAUGGCAAUAGGGCAUUGGCUGGGGAGUUCAUCAGGAUCAUCAUGGAUAAACAGAGCAUGUCAAUGCCGGUGAGAAAGCAGAGCAUUAGAGACAGUCUUGGAAUUACACAAAAAGAAAUGCGUAUAGUUGUGGGGGAAGCAGAAGCACAUCUCCAGAAGUUGGGGCUUGAAAUCGUAGGGAUUGCCAAGGGCAUGCUUGUAAGUACUGAGAAUGCAGAAAAGUUCUUUGUUAGACGGCUAAAACCUUCAGGAAUGCUGCCAAGGAUUCCAAUAGAGGAUUUCAGGAAAACAGUUGUGAUUUUUGCAUUUGUUAUUCUUGAGCAUUCAUGCGUUGAAGAAAGGAGGUUGUGGCAUCUUGUAAGCAGGGCAGGCGUGAUGAGAAGCGGAGAGGAGUUUGCCCAGAUUAUCAGUUGGGCGAAGAAUCAUGGAUAUCUUUGCAUAUCGAAAGAAAAUGAACAGAGUGUCGUUACACUUGGAUGGAGAUACCACUGCGAGUUUUGUGGAUUUGAUCCUAAAGAAUGCCUAAAGGCCUUCGUGUCUGACACUGCGGAGUAA